GCAUCGGGCGUGAAAGCGACUUAUAAUCCUAGCCGUGCGAGAUGCGUAAGUACGCGAAACACUGGCGGGACUCGGCAUCGGUGAUCAUAGCAGCUCGUAACCCAGGCAACGUCCGGGAUCUCCAUGGAUACAAUUAUAAGGUUCUCGUGUUCAAGCGGACAGAAAAUACCAGCUUCCUGCCCAAUCACAUCGUUUUCCCUGGUGGUUCCUUCGACCCGCAGGAUGAUUCCCCACGUUGGUUAACGGACUUCGAGGAGUGGAAAAUCACCCCGAAAGCGAUACGUUCCGUAUCGGCAGUAUCUGCGCCCCGGCCGUACAUCUUCCAGACGACGGAAAGCGACAAACUUGAUCGUAACAUAUCCGUCCGGUUGUGCGCCUUACGGGAGUGCUUCGAGGAGCUAGGUGUGCUUCUGGUGGCCGAUAAACGAUACCAAUCCAGCGGUGGUUAUAGCCGGGCAAGGGAAGGAUUCGACGUGCGCUCCUGGCAAACGGAUGUGCACGAUGGCAAGAAAGCGUUCCGUGAGCUGUACCGCGAGCUGCAGGAAGUGCCGGAUCUCUGGGCUUUGUACGAAUGGUCCACGUGGAUAACACCAACCACGUUUCGCCGCAAGCGCUUUGAAACGGCGUUCUUCCUGGCCGCACUUAAUGAAACUCCUGCCGUUUUCCCCGAGCCGCACGAGGUGGAGGAACACAUGUGGGAAACACCCCGUGUUCUUCUCGACGCCCAUUCGGAAGGACACCUUUGGCUUGCUCCACCGCAGGCAUACGAACUGAAUCGCUUGAGCCACGUGCACGAUAUCGACGUGCUCGUGGGGUUUGCCCGUGCACGAAAUCACCGAGGAACGACCGCAUUCUGUCCGGUUGGGUAUAAUGCAUCCGAUGGGUACAUUGGUGUGCUUCCAGGGGACGAUCUGUAUCCGGUGGGCUUCGAUUUCGUCACCGACAACGAGAACAUGAACCAAUUUGCUGAUGUUCCGAUCGAGCAGUUGAGCGACGCCGCACAUAACCUGCAUCGUGUGGUGCAUCGGAGCUUGCAGCAUCAAACGUACCUGCACAACGGACCACCGCUGGACGGCCAUCUGCAUGUGCUGGGAAGGAACGAAGGGCUUUCGAAACUGUGAUAUGUGUGGGUUCCCUUAGGGGCGGUGGAAGUUGUUAAUAAAAUACUGGGAUGGGUUUUAAAGUUGUACAACACGACACGACAUGUGUGGUAUUUUUAUUUGAGUGGAUACGGUAAUAAACUACUGGAA